AUGGUCUCGACGACACCACGGCCGUCGACCCCAGCAAGGAGGGAGGAAAUCCCCCAGGAGCCGCCCAAAAAAGUCGAGCCCACCAAUAAGGGCAGCGGACGAAGCGGCAAGUCGCAACCCGAGCACACCACGAUGGGACUGCCGACGGCCUCGCAGGUGGUGGCCAAGCCGGUCGGCAAGGAGACGCGCGAGAAACGGAUGGAAAAGUGUGACCUGAAAAAGCUAGAGGUGGUCGUGGAGCGGCACAAGAAGAAUCGCGAGACGCUGAUGGCCAGCCGGGUGCAGCCGAAGAAAAGGGCCUCCGUGGGUUGCAAAAAAGCC